GGUGGGGAGGCGGGGGCCGGGCGGUGGCGCCCUCAUGGAGCCCAACGUGCGCUUCUGGAUCGCCGAGCGUCAAUCUUUUAUUCAGAGAUUUCUUCAGUGGACAGAAUUGUUGGAUCCUACAAAUUUGGUCGUUUCAGUUGAAAAAAUAGAAAAAUCAAGGCAACUAUUGUUAACAAAUGAAGAUGCAUCCAUCCGUGACUUGGAGGACCCAAGGAUAAAAGAAGCUUGGAAGAGAAGUCUCUCAACAGUGCAUCCUGACAGCAGCAAACUGAUCCCUGUUCCUUUUCGACCUGCAGCUCUCCUACCCUUCACGGCACCCAUGAUAUUUUUCUCCAUGCUGUCAGUAAAAAGUCUGAAGUCCCUGAUUUUACCUCAGAUUUCCUUCUAUACCUACACUACAGCGUUCAACAUUGUCAAUGGAAAUGCAAGUUAUAAUCGUCACCUAUAUGAGAGUCUACUGCUAGGGACAGGAGUGAUUGCCUCUUCAUCCUUUUUUGGACUAUUCCCCUGUCUGCUCCAGCUGCAGCUGAAUAACGCUUUGUUGAAAAGAGCCCUUCCCAUCAUCUUUCUCACCCACAUCAGUGCAGUGAAUGUUGUUGCAGUCCGAAGUCUUGAGCCCAUUCGAGGGAUUGAAGUCAUGGACAAGGAAGGCCAUGUCAUGGGCUAUUCCAGAAAAGCCGGGACAAAGGCUGUUAGAGAUACAGCAUCAUCCAGGGUAGUGCUGUAUGGGACCUCAGCUUUUAUUCCUGAAGUCUUCUCACACUAUUUUGUAAGGACCCAGUUCUUCCGGCAACAUCCAUGGUCAUUGUGGACCUUCAAGCUGGCCUGUACUGUUUUAGUAAUGGGAUUGAUGGUGCCAGUUUCUUUUAGUAUAUUCCCACAAAUUGAACGGAUACAGUGCAGUGAGCUUGAGAAGGAAAUUCAGUCUGCGACAGAAGACACAGAGCUCUUCUAUCACAGAGGGGUAUAGGGAUGCGUGCCCGGUGAAUUUGGUUCCUGCUCGAACACCUUCCGCUCUGCUUGAGGUGUCGGUUCCGAGAAGCCGGCCGGAGGU